AUGGAAUCACUUGCACUCAUUUAAUAUCAUUUUCACAGUACAAAAGAUAUUAAUGAAGAGUAUCUAAAACUAAUUCAAGAAUUGAAUGAUGAAGUCGUUUACAUAAAUUAUGUGUAAAAUAUAAUGAUAUAUUAAUUUCCUUCAAAUGAAUAUAUAAACUUGAAGGAUUUACUAUUUUUUAAAGUAAUAAUAGUAAUUUAAUUUAGGAUAAUAGUAUUUUGGCAAUAAGUUAAGGCUAGCUAAUCCUUAUAUCAAUUCAAAUUUUGGAAUCACUUAAAAAAUUAUAAGAAUUUGAUAUAUCUCAUAACGAAAUCAAAACUGAAAAUAUAUGGAUUUGGGUUUCUAAACCUCUUUCAUCUAAAUAUAAUAAUUAAAUAGAAUUUAAGGCUUAUUUUUCAAGGUGGAAUAAAGUUUCAAAAAAUAUAGGACUUUUAGACAAAAUUGAUUUUGAAUGUGUUAAAAAAAUCAUUAAAGAGAUAUUUUCAUAAGAUAAUUAACUAUAUAAAUUAGAAUUCAAUCUUUAAUAAAAUGCUAAAUAAAUUAUUUAAACAUUAAGUGACUAUAAAAAUUAAUAUACAGAAGAAUAAUAAAAAAAUGGAUUAUAUGACUAUAAAACAAUUGAAAAUUUUUUGUAAAACAAAAAACUUAAUGAUGAAGAAUUUAAAAAAUAAUUUGGAUAGUAAAAUGGAUAAUUCUAUAGAAAUAUCCUAUUAAAUUGGGCAAUAAAGCAUCAGAAAUUAUUUAUAAAUUCCUAAAAUUGUACACAACUUUCAAUAAAAGACUUAGCUAAUGAACUAAAUAUUGAUGGAUGGUUUUUAAUAUUAUUCUAGGAGUUGAAAUAAAACACUUAUUUAGAAGAUUACAUUUUUUAUACUUUUUAGGUUGAAGAAGCAUUAAAUGAUAUAAAAUACAUUUAAAAUAGUUCUAGUUUAGCAAGAAAGAUUAAUUUUCAAAAUUUAAUUUAAUCUAUACAAUCAUACGAAAACCAUCUAUAUUACUCUUUAUUUCCUAAAAUAUCAAAGUUUUGCAAUAAUAUACAAGUUUAAAAUUUAAUUACAUCUUAUAGAGAUAUAAUAAACGAGAUAAUUGAUUAAUGUUAAUUAAUUAUAACAAGUUUUUAUAAGAAUUCUCAUCCUAUCAUAUUCCCUAAGAUAUAAAUAUAUACGUUUUAUUAGUAAGGGCUAAAUAUUUUAGAUAAUUAUUUGUCCACAAACUAAAUUGAUAUCAUUAGUAUUUUAAAAAAUCCCCAAAGCCAAAAAUAAAUAAUUAAUCAAGUUUUGGACAAAUUUUUGAAAGAUUAAAUAAUUAAGAUAUUUUUGAAUUUUAUAAAUAAAGAAAAUAGAUAUAUAGCAAAUUAAUUAUUUUAUAAUGAAAUCAGCAUUUAUUGA